AUGAAUCUGCGUUACAUCAAGGGUCAGAACAGGCGCUAUAAGGCUGGACUGGAAAGUUACAUGACUGGAUUGAACCAAUUUGCCGAUCUGACAACUUCGGAGUUUGCUGAUCGUUUUCUAGGAACAAAACCUCAAAAGAUGGCUUUGGGAAAGCCUGCAAAGCCAUGGAUAUCAUCUUUUGCCUUAAAAGACCUUCCAGAUACUGUUGAUUGGAGAGAUAAGAAUCUUGUUACUAAAAUCAAGAAUCAGUGCGGUGACUCGACUUGGUAA